AUGCUUGGGAAAUUAUUUCACUAUUCAGCUGAUGCUAUUCUUAUAGCUACCAUUUUGGCAGGUGUUAAACGUUCAACUGGAUUAACAUUCAAUCCAAGUCGAAUUGAAAAUGCAGCAUUACGAAGUGUCGUUGAAAGUUUUCUUGGUAUUGGUGAAUGGUUAUUUGAUAAAAGUAUUGGAUACGUGAGUACUUCGGAAUAUUUUGAAAGGAGACGAAAUGGAAAUGAGAAUAGAGUGUUAAGAGAAUAA